CUAAAACCGACAUGGAUGAAGAAAGGUGCAAGAAAAUUAAUGAUAUCUUGAAUAAUCCUCCUACGCUCAAUUCUCAAAGGACCAGUUCUACUAAUCCAGAAGGAGAUUUGCAGAAUUUACUGAAUAACAUGUCGCAGCAGCAAUUAAUGCAGUUAUUUGGAGGAGUUGGUCACAUAAGUGGCUUAGGAACUUUACUCGGAUCAAUGAAUAGACCUUAUAAUAGUAACCGAAUGACUCCAGCAGUUUCAUUUAAUCCAAGAUCACCAUCAUCUAACGCUACUCCUAGCACAGAAACUUCUGAAAAUAAGCAAGAAAGUGGGACCAACUUAGUGUUAGUUACAGCCGAUCUUCAAUCGCUGACGUCUAUCUUGUGCGAGUGUUAG